UAAUUUUUGUAACGAAAAUUCUAGAAAGCUUUCGUGCAGCACAAAAAUGUCAAACUUCUCAUUCUGGAACGGACAACCUGUGAACGCACCCCUGUACCCCCAAGUUGGAGACCUGAUGCAGCCGAACGCAUCUUGCUACAGCGGUGGACAGUGGCCCGCUCCUGGCCAAUCCCAGGCGGCUCCCAUGCAGAGCCAGGGCCAGGCUGCCGUCCCUUCCCAGACCCCGUCGCUUCGAGGUACUACAUUGAACCUUGGUGGUGGAGGAGGCAUGCAGCCGCAGCCCCAGUCGCAGCAGCAGCAGUAUCCCGGUAUGGGAGGAGUUGCUAUGACGGGACAGAGUCCCAUGCCCAUGCAGAGCAUGAUGGGCAUGGGAGACUACAGCCACAUGAGCUCCCCUCUUACCUGUCCGGUACCGAACAGCUUCUUUGCCCAUACCCAAGCCCAGGGAUCGUACGAGCCUUGCAUCGAGAACGGCGAGGCCUUCUGUGCCUACAACGGGAUGGAUAUGGGCAUGACCUACGGCGGUGGAAUGCAAGGACAGAGCGGCGGCAAAGGUGGCUUCUGGUAGACGCCCCUGGUAGAUGCUGAACGAUUGCAGUCACCAACAAAUUGCAAAGUGAUUCAAAUAAAAAGCCAUAACAAGAACCAGUAAA